AUGCGGACAUGUGAAUAUGUGAACAGAAAAAUAGAGCAAAGACGCCAAGAUGUGGCUGAACUUAGUUUGUUAAAACGGAUAGAAAGGGCAGAGGAUCUCGAUCGACAUGCGAAGAAGAUCCUAUCAAAGUCUGGGUCACUGGAGUGGUUACAGGACACCGGCCUAAACAUGCUCGUUUAUGAAAUGGAGGAUCUGGAAUGGCGUGUGUUUGAGGUAGUUUACAUCAUUAAACCAGACUACAAGGACUACGCCAUGCUGAUCCCAGAGACAGAUAGAUCUGUUCUUGAUAACAGCUACAAACUGCUGCGACGGUUAACCAAGAUAGACGGAUACUCCCAGCUCAACGUGAGACCAAUCACAGACUUGCCGCGUCCAUGUUACCUUCCUAGACCCAUCAAAGGCCAUCUGUGGGAGCAUCCAGCGCCUAAACCCAGCUGUGCUGGAAGCUUCAAAAAAUCAAGCAUACCACUGCCAUUUGCGAAAGAAAACGUCAUGGAAAGAUUAAAUAUUCACCCAGAGAUUCACAAUUUGAUCAGAAGAUUACACAAAGCUUACGCUAAAUUGUGCACAAUGGUUGAUCAGUGGUUUAGCCCAGGCGCAGUCAAGGAGUAUGUCAAGCGAGCAAAAGCAAAAGGUACUCGCACCCAUCCGACCGCCAAGGAGACUGUACCCCAAACGGCAGCCAUGGAGACUGCUACCCCAAUGUCAAGCAAUGAGUCUUGCCCUAAGCCAGUGCCCAGAAGAAUAAGAGUUUCUCUGCCAUCUCCUCGACCCAGACUUAUACAUAACAAUCGCUACAACAAAGUUGUCUCAAGUGGCUAUGGGAGAUCUAAGAAGAAAGAAAAAACAGCUACAGAGGAUCCCAAAAAAUGCGCAAAGGAGAUCCUACCAAAGCCCGAGUCGCUGGGCUGGUUACAUGACAUGGACCUAAACAUGCUGGCUUAUGAAAUGGAGGACCUGGAAUGGCGUGUGUUUGAGGUAAUAUACGUCAUUAAACCAGACUACAAGGAUUAUUCCAUGCUGAUUCCAGAGACGGAUAGACCUGUCCUUGAUGAUGGCUACAACUUGCUUCAACGGCUAGCGAAGAUAGACGGGUACUCCGAGCUCAACGUGAGACCAAUUACAGACUUGCCCCGUCCGUGUUACCUUCCUAGGCCCAUCAGAGGGUAUAUGUGGCAGAAUCCAGCGCAUAAACCUUACGCUGGAGGCUUCAAACAAUCCCGCAUACCAUUGCCUUAUCAGUUUGCAAAAGUUAAUGUCACAGAAUCACAGAGAUCAGAUAUUUCUCCAGAGAUUCACGAUUUGAUCAGAAGAUUGCACAAAGCAUAUGGCAGGUUAUGCACAAUGGUUGAUCAAUGGUUUAGUCCAGGCACAGUCAAGGAGAAUGUCAUCCAAGCGACAGCCAAGGGAACCCCAAACCAUCCGACAGUCAAGGGGACUAUCGCCCGAGCCAGUGCCAAGGAGACUGUCGCCCAAGCAGCAGCAAAGGAAAAUGUAACCCAAGUGCCCCCCAAGGAGACUGUCACCCAAGCCACAGCCAAGAAGAGUGUCAUGCAAGCGACAGCCAAUGAGACUUGCCCCCAGCCAGUGCCCAGAAGGAUAAGAGUUCCUCUGCCGUCCCCUCGACCAAGGCUUAUACAUAACAACCGCUACAAGAAAAUUGCCUCCAGUGGUUAUGGGAGAUGUAAGACAAAACCAAAGCCAACAUGUACCAUGCAGACAAGCCGAUCGUUUGUGUCCACCAGAAACAAUAUAGCACCAUCUCUUAGAGGACAAACAUGUCAAACCCUGCAGAAAGAUCCUACACAAACACCCAAAGUUGAUAUCAGGACCGUGGCCAGACUCAAUGGGUCCAGACUCCCAAUUCCUGUCAAGCUAUCCGCGUCCAGCCUACCCACGACAUCCUCCAUAUCAUUGAAAGCUGCUACUGCAUCAGAGGAUACUUCUUCCACAACUACCGUUGCGUCGAAGGAUGCUUCAUCGGCAAUUACCACAGACAUCAGGACCAUGGCUAGGCUAAAUGGAUCAAAACUGCCACUUCCCAUAAAGUCAGUACAGAGUACAUCUCAACUGGUGUCUAUAAGGCAGCGCACAUCUUGUAUGUCAGCAAACGUCAGACAUCCGGCUCAAGUGACAAAUCGUCCUCAAAAGCCUAUCCGACGAGUCAACCUGCGUUCCAACCUGUACAAUGACAUUCCCUCUACCGGCUAUGGAAAAUCUAAACCUGGAGUGAAGACGCAGUUUUAUGCAGCCACAAGCUGUUUCUCUUUCUCCACCAAUAUCAGCCAAAGACCAGUUCAGCCCAAAACUGGAAUUCGAAAAACAAAGCAACAAGACAGUUUGAAGCCACCUAAACCCGACAUCAGAAUGAUAGCUAGACAGAACGGAUCGAAAAUCCCGCUUCCAGUAAAGCUGCUCCUAAGCGAAUCACCGACUCAACCUAAACCAGCAAUUAAACCAAAACCACCGGUUCAUCCUGAACCAGCAGCUAAACCAAAACCAGUCGUUCAGCCAACACCCGUUCUGCCAAAAUCACCAAUUCAGCCCAAACCACCGAUUCUACCAAAACUACCGCUUCAGCUAAAAUCACCGGUUCAGCCAAAAUCAACGAUUCAGCCAAAAUCUACCGUUCAGUCGGAACCAUCGGUUCAGCCAAAAGCACCUGUUCUGCCAAAGCAUCCCGUUCAGCAAACAUCUCCCAUACAAGCAGAACCACCGGUUCAGCCAAAACAACCGGUUCAGUCAAAACAACCGGUUCAGCCGAAAUCGCCGGUUAAGGCAAAAUCACCCACCCAGCUCUUACUAUGCCCAAAACCACCAAGUACUCCGCCCCCUCAAGACGGCAGACGGCCAAUCCGUGUAGUGACUCCGUCCUUGGACCCCGACAAGCCUUGCCCUAUUAAACCAGCCAGGGGAAUUCUCAAGACAUUGUGUGAGCGGAUGGACUUUCGAGAAAUGGACGCCAUGUUUGAAACUAACAACCAUCCAAACGACUACCCGCCAUUGUGCCAAAAUCUUGAUCGCUUCUUCUAUCGUCAAAUGGCGCCUCGAAGGCUCGUCCCCAUGGGUCUUGAGAGCUGGACUGCUCUUAACAGAAGGAAAGUCCAGUUUGACCCAGAGUCAAAUGACCAAUUUGAUGGAGAGUCAGCAGUCAAAUAUGAACCAGACCUAGAAGGCGAAGAGUUUCUCGAGUUAGAAAGGCAAUGCAGUGCAGAGUUUGAAAACCCAGACGAGAUUGACAGAGAAAGCUAGAAAUUGAACUGCUUUGAACAAUUUGGGAUGUUUGAUGGAUGAGUUACCUUUUCUCAUCUGGAUUAAUUCGACCUUUGUUUUACAACAUACAUUCUGAUUGGCUACAGAACCUCUCAAAAAAGAAAUGUGAGUUUGCUGAAAUAUGUUUACCAAGGAUAUUUGCCAGACUUUGCUGUGAUACAAGUUGCUUCAUUUCUAAAGUCGACGAUAGUGUCCGAUUCCAACAAGAAGAGAAACAAGAUAUUCACGAGACGGAUAGACCAGUCCUUGAUGAUGGCUACAACCUGCUUCAACGGCUAGCGAAGAUAGACGGAUAUUCCGAGCUCAACGUGAGACCAAUUAUAGACUUACCCCAUCCGUGUUACCUUCCU